CUACGUCAACAGCAACGACAACGACAACGACAACGACAAUUCCGAAACCAGGCCAUCAACAAUGCAUAAAUCCAGCCUGUCCACCGAUAUCACCAGGAAGUCUUUCUGGGCACAACGCAUCCAAGCUGUCGAGAGUGGUCCUGCCACUCCCAUUUUCUCCGACCAAGCUGCUGGUUCCCAGGCCGCCGAUGCUUACGGUCGGACCGCCGCGGUCAUGGCUGUCAACUCUGGGGAUCUCCAGGUGGCAGCUGUCAUGCACCGCCUCUCCCCGGAUACCAUCAUCCUCGCCGCAUGGGCCGUGCUGCUUCGAGCGUAUGCCGGGGAGGACGGGCCGGUCAACUUCGGCGCCUGCCUCGACCGCGAACAGGCAGCUUGGCUGUUCGCCAUGACGGUGUCCGGUGACGAGCGACUCCUGAGCGCCAUGCGGGCCGCCGAGGAGGAGAAGAAGCUAGUGUUGAGCCAUUCCCUGACGUUCGAAUCCCUUGCCGCCUUCGCCGAGGGGACUGGCUACGGCGACAUCGCUACGGCCGUCUACAUCCACUCUGGGAAGCCUACCUCUCCCGAUAUGCACUUCCCUUCGAUGGCGACACUUGUCGUCAACAUUGCCGAGGGAGCCACGAUCCAAGCGAACCUCACCUUCCGCAAGGAUGCGCUCUCCGAAGACCGCGCAAAGAGCGUCGUCGACAACUUCUGCCACGUCCUCAGCACCGUGACCAAGAAAAUGCAAUUUGCCAGCAGGUUCGAGGUCGACGAGUUGCUGAUCAAGGACAUCGACACUGUCAGCCGGAACGACUACCGGCGCAUCGUUGACUUCAGCGUGCCCCUGCCGCCGAAGCUCGACGCCUGCGUGCAUGAGAUGAUCCUGGCACGAUGCGCCGAUCCCAGACACUCCCAGCGAGUGGCGGUGGCGGCGUGGGACGGUGACUUCACGUACGCCGAGCUGGCAACACACGCGAUGCAGCUCGCGGGAGCCAUUGCUGGGGCCGCCCAGAACCAUCCCCAGGCAGACGGCGGCCAACUCUACGUGCCGUUCUGCCUGACAAAGUCCAAGUGGACACCCGUCGCCAUCCUCGCCAUCCUCGCCGCGGGAGGUGCCUGUGUCCCGCUCGAGCCGAGCCACCCGCCCGCCCGCCGGAACGAAAUCCUGGCCCAGACAAACGCGAGCAUCGUCCUGACCAACACGACUCUCUUCCAAGUCCUCACUGAGAGCUUCUCGGACGACACCACCGUCAGGCACGUCAUUUCCGUCGAUCAAGAGGGCGGUCCUGAUCCCACCGCGGCCCGCCCCGACUCCCUCCCGCCGGUCCACCCCUCGGACCUCUGCUACGUCAUCUUCACCAGCGGCAGCUCGGGGACGCCCAAGGGCGUCAAGUGGGCGCACGACGCGCUCGCGACCAGCAUCCGGGAGCACGGGCGGGCGUUCCACAUGGAUGAGCACAGCCGCGUGCUUCAGUUCGCGUCGCACGUGUUCGACGUGUCGGUUGCGGAGCUGGUGACGCCGCUGGCGCACGGCGCCUGCGUGGUGGUGCCGUCGGACGCGGACCGCGUGGACCCGGCCAGCAUGGCGCGCUUCAUGCGGCGCAUGGCCGUCGACUGCGCGCUGCUGGUGGCGUCGUACGCGCGCCUGCUGCGCCCCGCCGACGUGCCGUCGCUGCGCACCCUCGUCCUCGGCGGCGAGGCCAUCGGCCAGGACAACAUUGACAGGUGGACGCCCGCCCUCGACCGCCUCGUCAUCGGCUACGGCUCGGCAGAGACGUGCAUCAACUGCGCCGCCAACGAGCUCUCGGUGCGCACGCGCGCCCGCAAGCCCUGGGCAGAGGGGCUCGGACACGCCGUCGGGGCGCGCAUGCUCGUCGCCGAUAGGCACGAUAGCGACCGGCUUGUGCCCGUGGGCGCCGUCGGGGAGAUCAUUGUUGAGGGCCCCGUCCUCGCUGAGGGUUACCUCAACGACGACGCUAAGACGGCGAGGGCGUACAUUGAGAACCCCGCGUGGGUCCGCAAGGCGCACUUCCGGCCCGCUCAGCCCCGCCGCCGGUUCUACCGCACGGGGGAUCUUGGGCGUCAGGCUGUCGACGGAUCUAUCACCUUCAUCGGCCGCGCUGAUUUCCAGGUUAAGGUUCGUGGCCAGCGUAUGGAGCUCGGGGAGGUGCGGUCGCACAUUGUGGCUUGCCUGCCUGAGGCUGUUGAUAUCCACGUCGACGUCAUCUGUCCCGAGGGGGAGAAGGUCCUCGCGGCCUUCCUCUCGUUCGGCAAGGAUGGCGACGACGGCCAGCAGCAGAAGCAACAGCAGGGCGCUAUCCGAGUCCACCAGCCCGACCAGGCUCUGGGGGAUUCGCUCCGCUCCAUGGUUGAGAAGCUGAGACAGACUCUGCCACCUGCUGCGGUUCCAUCUUUCUUCGUUCCCGUAACCGGGUUUCCCUACCUCGUCUCCGGGAAGGUUGAUCGGCGGAGCCUGCUGAGCUUCGCCAACGGGGCGUCGGUGGAGAAGCUGGCGUCUUACAACUCGAGUUUCAUGGCGGCCGCGGGGGAGUCGGCAGCCCCUGCGUCGGCGAUGGAAGAAGCCCUCGUCACCUGCUGCAGAGAGGUCCUGAAGCUGCCGUCUCUCGGCAUCGGCGACAACUUCUUUGCCUCGGGCGGCGAUUCCAUCUCGGCGAUCAAGGUCGUCGCGGCGGCUCGCUCCCGGGGAGUCAAUGUCACCGUCUCGGAUAUCUUCAAGACCUCAACAAUCCGAGACGCUGCACAGCUCGCCACCGCGUCGGAAGACGCGCCGGAUUGCGCGGACAAUGCCGCUCCGGACGCCUUCAGCUUGCUCCCCACGGACCUGGCACACGAGAUCGUGUCUGGCGUGGAAGUUCAGGGUCAGAAAGGAGGCAGAGUGAUCGAUGUCUACCCUUGCACGCCACUCCAGGAGGCCCUCAUCGCCCUGUCUAGCAUGCGCAGCGGGGCCUACAUCGCGCAACACGUCUUGGAACUCCCCGACCACGUCGUUCUCGACAGGUUCAAGUCUACCUGGGCCGCCAUGGUGAAGCGACACGACAUCCUCCGGACCCGCAUCCUCGAGAGUCCGCAUGGCGCCGUCCAGGUAGUCUACGACUCCGAGAUUGAGUGGCACGGCGGAUCAGACCCGGCUGCUUACUGCGAACUGGACAAGUCAAUCCCCAUGGGAUUCGGCGACAGCCUUGUCCGGUUUGGCCUGGUCAACCGCACCUUCGUCUUCACCAUCCACCACUCCCUGUUCGAUGGCUGGUCGAUCACUCGCCUCUUCGACGACGUCGAGCGCCACUAUGCUGGACUAUCCCUCCUCGACCUGAAGCAGUACAACCUCUUUAUCAAGUACCUGUCGGGACUCGACGCCGAGGAGCCGAAGAUGUUUUGGCUUUCCACACUUGCCUCCGACACUGGCUUGGCCUCUUGCCAUUUCCCGCAGAGUCUCAGCUCGUCGUACACCCCAAUCCCCAAUUCCGAGGUGAGCUUGAGGAUCUCCACGGCUGCGUAUGGCAAGUCGGAGUUCACCAUGCCCACUCGGAUCCGUGCCGCCUGGGCUCUGCUCGUCGGUCGCUAUCUGGACUCACAGGACGUCAUCUUUGGCGAAACGCUGUCUGGACGGACCUCGACCAUGGACAACGUCGAGGCUGUUGCGGGCCCGACCAUCUCAACUGUGCCUGUCCGGGUCAGGUGGAAUGCAAGUGGCUCCGUUUCCGCCCUCCUACACGAGAUCCAGAGCCAGGUCGUCGAGAUCACCAACUCGGGCCACCUCGGUGUACAGAAUAUCUCCCGCCUGAGCCCCGCAGCCCACGAGGCGUGCCAGUUCCAGCAUAUCAUCGUCAUCCAGCCCAGGAAGGCUUCUCUCAGGUCGGCCCCCUCUGAAAACGAGCGGAACCACGUCGGACUCCUCCGGCGAAGGAUCGGCCUUGAGGAUGUCUCCCUGGACCUGCGAAACUUCCACAGCUACGCGCUGAACAUGGACUUCACGCUGGAGGAAGAUGGCGUGACGGUCACCACGACAUUCGACUCUCGCGUCUUUGGAAAGCGGGAGAUCGAGCACUUGCAGGCCCAGUUCUCCCACAUUCUGGAUCAGAUCUGCAGGAUUCGGGAUGCCGCGCAGGGAAAGCUUAGCGAGAUCGACUACGCCAGCCGAAUGGACAACGAACUGCAGGUUGAGAGUAACAGCCGACAGAGUCUGAAGUAUGACCAGACCACCCUCCUGCAGGCCUUGGAGAGACACGCCGCCGUCCGUCCUAACGCGCCGGCCAUUCACGCCUGGGACGGCUCGAUGACGUACCAGGAGCUCGACGUCGCUUCGACGGCGUUGGCAAGCCACCUCGUCUCCUUUGGCCUUGGAAAAGGGGACUACAUUCCUUACUGUUUCUCUAAGUCUGUUUGGACAACUGUCGCUAUGAUGGCUACCCUCAAGAUGGGAGCCGUCAGCGUCGCCCUCGAGCCGUCGCAUCCGGACUCGAGCAUCUCAAAGGUGCUGUCCCAAGUCAACCCUAAACUGGUGCUGUGCUCGAGAGACUUCUGUCCCAGACUCCAAUCUUUGGGACAGGGAUCAUUGGCGAUCGACGGCCAAUCCAUCAGCGACUUCAUCCGCUCAAACACAGCUUCCGCUCGGCAGAGCCAUGCCGUUCAGCCUGACGACACAGCCUUUGUCGUCUUCACGUCGGGAUCCACCGGCGAGCCCAAGGGCAUCCCCCUGGCCCACGGAGCCGUGUGCAUCAUGGCAAAGCAGCACGGCGACGCCAUGAACAUCGACAAAAGCUCCCGGAUACUUCAGUUUGCAGCGCACGUCUUUGACGUCAGCAUCGGCGACCUCGCCAUCGCCGUCUUCCACGGGGCAUGCCUAUGCGUGCCCUCCGACCACGACCGGAUGAACGACCUCGCGAGCGCCAUCAACUCGCUUUCCGCCAACCGCGCCUGGCUGACCCCGACCGUGGCGGCGCUCAUCUCCCCGGCCGAGUGCCCGACGAUGGAGUGGCUGUCCGUCGGCGGCGAGCAGCUGACGCAGGCCUGCAAGGACAUCUGGGCCGGCGUCCCGCUCGUCAACGUCUACGGCCCCGCCGAGGUCACCAACCUCGGCACGGCGGUGCGGGUGUCGCCGGACCUGCCCAUCACCAACAUCGGGCGCGGGAACGGCGCGCGCGUGUGGAUCUGCGAGCAAGGUAACCCCCAGAAACUGGCGCCCGCUGGGUGCAUCGGGGAGAUUGUGUUUGAGGGCCCCAAUGUGUCUCGAGGGUAUCUAGGCAACCCGAAACUAACUGCAGAUGCCUUCCCCGAGGUCUGCAGCCGCGACGGGAGGACGGUGCGGAUGUACCGCACCGGUGACCUCGGCCGGCUCAAUGCGGAUGGGUCGAUUGACUUCAAGGGAAGGAGGGACACGCAGAUCAAGCUGCGCGGCCAGAGGAUCGAGAUCACGGCCGUCGAGGGCGCGCUACAGGCGGCCGUCGAUGAGCCCGUCGAGUUGGCGGUGGACAUCCUCGCUGGGUCCGAUGAUGGCCGAGACUCCUCCCUUGUUGCGUUCCUGUACCUCCCCGCGCGACUUACUGAUGCUACUAACGACGAAUCUGCAGGAAUCUUUAGUACCAUCGACCUCAAGGCGCUGGCCCUCGAGAUCCGGUCGUGCGUCUCGCUCGUGCUGCCGCCGCAUAUGAUCCCGGCGCUAUUCAUCCCCCUCAACCGGCUCCCCAAGCUGGUGUCGGGCAAGAUCGACCGGAAGACGCUGCGUCUCGCCGCGGCGAGGCUUACGGACGAGCAGAUCGGCUCUUUCAAGCUUGAUCAGACCACGGAGAAACGACACCCUACAACCGAGGCCGAGGUGGCGAUGCAGAAGAUGUGGGCUACCGUCCUCCGCCUGCACGAGUCCGACAUUGGCGUCGACGACAACUUCGUUAGCCUCGGUGGAGACUCGAUAAGCGCUAUCAAGCUUGUGGCUCAUGCAAGGACUCAGGGGUUGCGUAUCACCGUCUCGUCAAUCUUCGAACACGGCACUAUUUCCCUCCUUUGUGCUUCAUCCGGGACGCCAGAGCCUGCCCAGGCCGCAACCCCAGUGUCGGCCAUCUCGGUUGAUCAGAUGAAGCCGUCGGAUAUCACUGACAUUGCCCUUCAGUGUGGCAUAUCCGAGCAUCAGAUCGAGGAUGUUUACCCCUGCACGGCGCUCCAAGAGGGGAUGCUGAUGCUGACGGAGAAGAACCCAACCGCCUACAUCGCCCACCACGUUAUGGAGCUCCCGGCAUGGGUUGACGUUUCGGUAUUCCGCCGCGCGUGGGAGGCUGUCACCAGCGAGAACGCCAUCCUGCGAACCAGGGUUGUACCGGCGGGCUUGCAAGUCGUCCUCCAACCGAGUCCGCUCCAGUGGGAGACAACUUCUUCCGACGAUCUCGCUACAUAUAUGCAGGACGCUCGCAAAACCCCGAUGGGAUUCGGGACACCCCUCAGCCGGCAGACGAUACUCAACAACCCCAAGCGUUUCGUCUGGACCGCACACCACUCCAUCUACGACGGCUGGUCCAUGCCACUGGUCGCCGACGCAAUCACGAAGACAUACAUGAAACUCAGCAAGCCCGGAAUUCCUCUGGAGCCCCCACAUCAGGACUCGGCAAUCAGCUUCCGGACCUUCGCCGACUGGGUCUCGAGGGUCGACAAGGAGCAGGCGAAGGAAUUCUGGCGCAGCCAACUCGACGGCGCAGAUGCCGCGCACUUCCCUCCCAGCCUGCCAUCUUCCUACGAGCCGCUUGCCGACUCAAUGGUGGAGCAGAAGAUGGCCUUCUUCCGCGACGCGAAGUCCACGACGACAACUUCGACCAUCAUCCGGGCGGCCUGGGCCAUCUUGAUCUCGGCUUACUCCGGGUCGCACGCCGACGUUGUUUUCGGAUCCGCCGUCACGGGAAGGAGCGUCCCCAUCGAUGGCGUGUUGACACUGAUCGGGCCGACCCUUGCCACCCCCGUCCGGGACCUCCUCGCCAAGCUCCAGCAACAAUCCGUUGCGAUGCUGGAGUUCGAGCAGUACGGACUGCAGAACAUCCGGAAUCUUCUAGUCGUGCACGCCGAGGCCGAGCCCUCGACGGCAGAGACGAGCUUCUCCUGGAGCGAGGAGCGAUCCGACUGCCAACCGGCGGGGUCCUCGCUGGGCCUGACCGCCUCGUACGACUCCUCUCUCAUGGACGAGCGGCAGAUGCGGCGCAUGCUCGCGACCUUCGAGCACAUCCUCCGCCAGCUCUGCGACGACCGGCGGGGCGACAAGCUGAUCGCAGACAUCACCCGCGACCUCCCGCGCCGCGUCGAGGCCCGCGUCCACGACAUGUUCGCGCGCCAGGCGGCGGCCACCCCGGACGCCACGGCCCUCGACAGCCUGUCGACGAGGCUGUCGCACCGCCUCCGGGCCCUCGGCCUGGGCCCCGAGUGCUUUGCGCCGUUCUGUUUCGAGAAGUCGAAAUGGGCUGGGGGUGCGUGUGUACCCCUGGACCCGGCGCAGCCCCUGGACCGGUUGCAGGUGAUCCUUGGAACUCUCCAGGCGCGCAUAGGCUGUGCUGGUAUCGAGCACUUUGUCGAGGUCUCGGCGGAGGCGCUGGACCAGCUUCCUGCCACUGACGGACACAUCGGUGCCGGGUCCGAGCCGUCGCCGAGCUCCGCGUGCUACGCCAUCUUCACGAGCGGCAGCACGGGAACGCCCAAGGGACACGGCGCAGCCUUCAACUACUCGACCGAAUCGCGGGUUCUUCAAUUCGCCUCGCACACCUUCGACGUCAGCGUAUCAGAGCUACUGACGACGCUCGUCUUCGGCGGCUGCCUGUGCAUCCCCGACGACUUCACGCGGAUGAACCGCAUCUCCGAGUUCAUCAACGAGCAGCGCGUCAACUGGGCCUUCUUCGCGCCCUCGUUCGCGCGCCUGCUGGACCCGGCCACCGCCCCCGGCAAGGACAACAUAGAGCGCUGGUCGGGCCGCCCGGGGCUCGAGCUCAUCGUGACCUACGGCCCGGCCGAGAGCUGCAUCUACUGCGCCAAGAACAGCGUCGGCGCCGGCCCGCAGGUAGACGGCAGCAUCGGCCGCUCCAUCGGCGGCGUCAUGUGGAUCGCCGACCUUGGGCGGCCCUCCGCUCUAGCUCCCGUGGGCGCCGUCGGCGAGAUCGCCGUGGAGGGCGCGAUCCUGGCGCGCGGCUACCUCGGCGACGCGGCCAAGACGGCGGCCUCAUUCCGGCCCAUGCCUCGGGGCUGGGCGGGCGGGCGCAGCGACCGCAUCUACUACACGGGCGACCUGGGGCGCGUCAACUCGGACGGGUCCAUCAGCUGCCUCGGGCGCCGCGACGACCAGGUCAAGAUCCGCGGCCAGCGCGUCGAGCUCGCCGACAUCGAGUACCACCUCCGCAAGGACGCGCGCGUCCGCCAGGCCCUGGUGCUGUACCCGCGCGCCGGGCCGUGCGCCGACCACCUCGUCGGCGUCCUCUCCGUGCUCAGCGACGCCGAGGUGCGCGACGGCUCUGCGCCGCGCCCGCCCGCCUCGUCGGCCGAUAUCAGCAUGGCGCAACCCGAGGCGUGGGCAUCGACCGUCGACGUGCAGGAGCGGCUCGUGCAGAAGGUGCCUGCCUACAUGGUGCCGUCGGUCUGGAUCGUGCUCGACUCUGUCCCGCUCAUGCCGGCGUCGCAGAAGGUCAACCGCAAGAUGGUCGCUGAGUGGACGCGCCUGAUGGACCGGCAGACCUAUGAGCACAUCGCGGGCCUGUCGGCUGGGCAGCAGGCCGCUGAGGCUGUGGCUGCGCCGAGCGAUGAGCUUGAGGUGCGGGUCCGUGGCCUGUGGAGCGCGGUGCUUAAUGUCGGGGUGGACAUCAUCGGCCCUAACACGUCGUUCCUGCGCGUCGGUGGCGAUUCUAUCUCGGCUAUGCAGAUCAUCGCUCGCUGCCGCAAUGAGGGGAUCCAUGUCACCGUCCAGGACCUCCUGAAGGCGAGGACGUUGGCCGAGUUCUGCGAUCGCGCAAGGGCUUCGAUGACGACGCCGCAGGCGGGGCUCGACACCCUGAUUGAGGAGGCCGAGGACGACACCGAGACCCCCUUCGCGCUGUCGCCGAUCCAGGCGUGGUUCAUGAAGCUGGCCCCCGAGGGCGAGAACUACUUCAACCAGAGCCAUCUCCUACGCUUCACCGAGGAGGUCAGCUUCAAGGACCUCGAAGCCGCCCUCCUGCUUAUUGUCCAGCGCCACUCGAUGCUCCGGGCUCGAUUCCAGACCACCGACGAUGGGCAGUGGCAGCAGUACAUUUCCGCAGACGCCGGCGCGGCGCUGCAGUGCCGCCUGUUCCAGUCGGUCACGAUGAAGAAGGCCGCGUCGUACGCGCUCAACGCCCAGGCGGGUCUGGACAUCGUCCAUGGGCCCCUCGUGGCGGCAGACAUGUACAAGAUGACCGACGGGACUUCGGCCCUGUUUGUCACUUGCCAUCAUCUUCUCGUUGAUCUCGUCUCCUGGCGCAUCAUCCUCCAGGAGCUCGAGGAGAUCCUUCGCGACGGGAAGUUGGCCACGGACCGGAAGCCGCUGUCGUUCCGCACCUGGUGCAAGCUGCUAGACGAGCACACCAAGUCGUUGGCCACUGAGGAGAACAUACUCAAUGAUAUCCCCGCAUCUAAUUUCGAGUUCUGGGGUGUGUCUGCCGACGACAACCUGGCGGCACACGUCGUCGAGAAGAGCUUUCGGCUGGAUGAGCAGGCAACGCAGCUCCUGCUAGGACAGUCCAACGAGGCCUUCAACACGGAGCCCCUCGACAUUCUCCUCACCGCCGUUGCCCACUCAUUCAACCAAGUCUUCCGAGACGUCCGCGGCCCGAUCUCCGUCUUCAACGAGGGCCACGGCCGUGAACCGUGGAGGCCCGACAUCGACCUCUCCUCAACAGUGGGCUGGUUCACGUCCAUGUGCCCUAUCCUCCUCUCCGACCACGGAGAUGACGCCCUACGUUCGCUACGGGAGGUAAAGGACUUCCGUCGCCGAGUCCCGGAGAAGGGGUUACCGUUCUUCUCGUCAUUCGCUCGGGAGGCCUCGUCGGCGGUGGAGGUCACCUUCAAUUACUUCGGGCUGUACCAGCAGCUCGAGCGAGACGGGGCGCUGCUCAACCGGAUGAGCUGGGGGACGGUAAACCAGCCGUCCGACCAGUCUCCCGAAGUCCCCCAAUUCUCGCUCUUCGACGUCUCCGCCGGCGUCGAGAACGGCCUCCUCUCGAUCAACUUUGCAUUCAACAACAAGAUACAGCACCAGGACCUUGUGCAGAGAUGGAUUGAAGCCUGCUCCAAGACCCUCAGCUUGCUCAUCGAAACCACGAGCCAGCAAGAGGAACCGACGCUCACACUCAGCGACCUCCCACAUCUCCCCGCGACGUACGACGAGCUUUCGGAGAUGCUCACAACUACUCUCCCGAAAGCCGGUGUGUUGACGGGUAAUAUCCAGGACAUUUACCCCUGCUCGCCCAUGCAGACGGCACUGCUCGUCAGCCAGGCCGUGGAUGCUUCGCUGUACUCCGUCAGAUAUGUCUGGGAGGUUGUCCCGCGAUCGUCUGAGCGGGCUUCGCUAGAACGCAUGGUCGAGUCGUGGAAGCAGGUGGUCACACAGCACCCGAUGCUCCGCACCGUGUUUGUGCAGGGUGUCGCGUCUGGCGAGGGCAAAAAGACGUCAGUCUACAACCAGGUUGUCCUCAAGGAGCUCAGGCCGGGCGUCACCAUCUGCGAGGAUGAGACAUCGUUCCCUCUUGGCCGACCCGAGGAUCACAUCCAGAGCGGUGCACCCCAUCACCUGGUCGUCUGCCAACAAGCCUCGGGGACGCUGUUGGUCCAACUCGACAUCAGUCACGCCCUCAUCGACGGGACAUCGGUCAACAUCCUUCUCGACCACCUGAUCAAGGCCUACGAUGGCACACUCACCGCCGCAGCUGCUGUCAACUCGGACUGCUACGCAAACUACGUCACUUAUCUAAGGCGCCAGGACCUCGAAGCAUCCCGCAGCUUCUGGAAGGAGUACCUCGGCGGCUCGCAGCCAUGCCAUUUCCCCAGCCUACGAACCACAGAACAACCUACCGAGGGCAGCCCAGCUACACGGAAGCUAGAGUACCUCGACUUCACCUACCACUCUCCCGCGCGCCUGCACUCGUCCUGCACCAAGGCCGAGACAACAGCGGCGAGCGUGUACAAGCUCGCGUGGGCGCUGCUCCUCCGAGCCUACACGGGCGACAGCUCCCCGUGCUUCGGCUACCUUGCGUCGGGGCGAGACCUGCCCAUCAACGGGAUUGAGGGCUCGGUCGGGCCUUUCAUCAACAUGCUCGUGUGCAAGAUCUCCCUGGAAGAGGACGAGCUGGUUGAGACCGUCCUCCGCGGCGCGCAUGCCGACUACGCCAACUGCUUGUCCCACCAGGUCUGCUCGCUGGCGGAGAUUUUGCGGGGUCUGCAGCUGGGAGGGACGGGACUGUUUAAUACUGUCAUGUCCGUCCAGAGGCAUCUGCCGCCGGGGACGGAUGUGUCCAAGGUUGACUUCCAGCCUGUUCAUGUCGAGGAUCCGAGUGAGUUCGAUAUCGUGCUCAACAUCGGAGACUCGGCCGACUCUGUCGACGUCAGCCUGACUUACAACACUGCCCUGCUGUCCGGCGCUCAGGCGAAACGCCUCGGCUCCGCGUUCACUCGCGCCAUCGACGGUGUUCUGGACUCGCUCACCAAGCGGGUCAACAGCGUUGAUCUCAUGACACCCGAAGACCACCAACAAGUCGUCGAGUGGAACAGCACCACCGAGGUGGGAGCAGUUUCUGCACUCUGCGACGACCUUAUCAGUAAGAAUCUCGCAUCGAGAGCAGCCAAGCCAGCCGUAUCCGGCUGGGACCUCUCGAUGACGCAUUCCGAACUGGACGAUCUCACGACAACACUGGCGGACCACCUCGUGUCGACAUACGCCCUCACCCCCAACACCAUGGUCCCCUUCUGCUUCGAGAAGAGCGCCUGGGCCAUCGUUGUCAUGCUCGGCAUCAUGAAAGCCGGCGCCGCGUUCGUGCCGCUGGACCCGCAACACCCCAUCGACAGGCUCGCGCAGAUCGUGCAGAGAGUGCGCGCACCGCUGAUCAUCUGCUCCGAGAAGAACGCUCUCAUGUGCCGAAGCCUCGGCUCCGAUGUCCCGCAGCUCGUGGUCGGCCCGGGAAUAAUGGCAACCAUCAAGAGCGCAAGCGCAAAGACCACCAUGGCAAGCAGCGUCAAGGCCACUUCCCUCCGGCAGGCCCGAAACCCUUCCGACCUCGCCUACUGCCUCUUCACCAGCGGCAGCACAGGGACACCCAAAGGCGUCCUAAUCCAGCACCGCGCCCUAUGCAGCAGCGCAACAAUGCACGGCCGCGCCUUCGGCUACAGCGCCGACAGCCGGUCUGUGCAGUUCGCAUCAUACGCCUUCGACGCGUGCAUCGCCGAGAUCUUCACGACGCUCAUCUGCGGCGGGUGCGUGUGCGUGCCCUCGGACGCGCAGAAGAUGGACCCGGAGCGCCUGGCGGCCUUCAUGGCGGCCGAGCGCGUCAACAUCAACUUCUUCACGCCAUCGUUCCUGGCCCUGCUCGACCCGGCCGCGAUCCCCGACCUGACCACCCUGCUCAUCGGCGGGGAGGCCGUCGGGGCCCAGCUCGUCGAUCGCUGGAUGGCGCCGCAUCGCCGCGUCGCUGUUGCGUAUGGCCCGACCGAGUGCUGUGUCUAUUGCGUGGGUUACGACUGCACCGAUUACGGCGGCCUGCCGCCCGGGAAGAAUAUGAUCGGCACCGCCGUCGGAAGCGUCUCGUGGAUCGGCGACGCGCGCGACAGCAACCGUCUCGUCCCCAUUGGCGCUGUUGGCGAGCUGCUGGUCGAGGGCCCUAUCCUGGCCAAGGGAUAUCUCGACGACGAGGCCAAGACUGCUGCCGUGUUCGUCAGGCCGAGGUGGAUGGGCGGUGACCGGGUGGCGUACCGGACGGGAGAUCUCGUGCGGUACGCCGAGGACGGGAAUAUUGAGUACCUCGGCCGCCGCGACGACCAGGUCAAGCUAAGGGGACAGAGGCUUGAGCUGGGCGAGAUCGAGCAGCAGCUUGUUGCGCAGCCUGAUGUGCAGCAGUGUGUUGUCCUGCUGCCGAAGCAGGGGCUCUGCGGGCAGAAGAUCGUUGCCGUCUUGACGUUUGCGUCCGGCGGUGACUCGGCCUCGCGUGUUGCUGGCACAAUCACCCCGUCGACGGCGGCUGGCUCCGAGGGAGGACUGCGGGCUCUUGCCGGCGAGUCGGUGUCGACUAGGCUGGGCAAGAUCUGCCAGUCCGUCGCCGGCACGCUGCCACCCUACAUGGUUCCGACAUGCUGGGUCGUCACCGACAACCUGCCGCUGCUGCCGUCGGGCAAGGCUGAUCGCCGCUUCAUCGCAGGCUGCGUCGCCAACAUGGAUGAGGAGAUGCACCAGCUCUCCGUCGACCUGGUUUCGGCGGAUGGUGGUGCAGGUGGUCGUAGUUCCGCCGCGGAGGAGGCGGCCAUGACGCCCGUCGCCGAGACGCUGCGUCAGGUGUGGAGCGCUGUGCUCAACAUCCCCGAGACACGCAUCAACCCCGCGGCAGGCUCGUUCAUCCGGAUGGGUGGCGACUCCAUCAGUGCCAUGGAGGUCGUCGCGCAGUCCCGCGCUCAGGGAAUACCGCUGCUGAUCGAGAACCUCCUCAAGGCGACCUCUGUCAACAUGUUGGCUUCAAGCAUCGAGCUGGCCAACCCGUCUCUGAACUCGGGAUCUGCAACCGGUGGUGUGGGUAAGGGUGCUGGUGUCCAGGACUUCGAUGACGACGAGGAGGGCGAGGAGAGGAUCGUCCUGUUUGGCUUGUCGCCUAUCCAGCGCAUGUUCGCGAAGCUCUCUCCGGGAGAGAACCACUUCAACCAGAGCUUCCUCCUCAAAGUCUCCACCGACCGAGCUAGGGUUUCCGAAGGGGACGUCCGCAAGGCACUGAAUGUCAUCGUCCGGCGGCACGCAAUGCUGAGGGCGCGUUUCCAGAGGCUUGGCCGGUCGUUCAAGCAGUGGAUCGAGCCCGCUAUCGAGGACUCGUACACGUUCCGGUCAUGGAAUAUCGCCAAGUCGACACCUUUCCCCGCCGAAGCAGCAGAGAAGAUGGAAGCAACCCAGCAGCUGGUGGAUAUCGCCGACGGACCCGUAUUUGCGGGCGACAUGUUCAACGCCGGCGACGAGCAGUACAUCUUCCUGACGGCGCACCACCUGGUCGUGGACCUGGUGUCGUGGCGAAUCAUCCUCAAGGAUCUGGAAGACUAUCUCACGCAGGGUUCCAUCUCGAGCUACCGGAGCCUGUCCUUCGAGAAGUGGUGCGGUCUCCUCAACAACCACCGCAAGGCACUUCUCGAAGCCCCUGCCAAAACCCACCUUCCCUUCGAGGUUCCGAAGUCUGACUACAACUUCUGGGGCAUGGCCGGCAAGCCAAAUUACGCCGCAGAUUUCGAGCACCAUCAGUUCACCCUGUCUUCCGAUGCAUCGCGGGCUCUUCUUGGCCCCUGCAACGACGCGUUCGGGACCGAGGCCCUGGACCUGUUCAUCUCUGCCGUGAUGCACUCAUUCGCAGCAGCAUUUCCGGGCCGCGAGAUUCCCCCGAUCUACAAUGAGGGCCACGGAAGAGAGCCGUGGGAGGAUUCGCUUGACCUCUCGAGGACAGUCGGCUGGUUCACCACCAUCGCUCCGGUGUGGAUCAGCGGGCGAGACUGCAGCGAAGACGUCCUCCAGUACGUCAAGCAAGUCAAGGACGUCCGACGGAAGAUCCCCAGCAAGGGCUUUUCCCACUUCACCUCGCUUGAUCUUGAGCGGGAGCCAUUCAAUAUUGAGGUAUCGUUCAACUACUUCGGAUCGUUCCAGCAGCUCGACCGCUCGGACGCGCUCCUCAACCAAGUCCACUGGCGGAACAUCGGCGUCGACCCCUGCGAGGUCAGCGAGGAGCACAAGAAGUUCUCGCUCGUCGACAUCGCUGCCGAGAAUGAGAACGACCGGCUCGUCUUCACCUUCAGCUUCAACAGCAAGAUUCAGCACCAAGAUGACGUCCACCGGUGGAUCAAGAGCUGCCAGGAGAGUCUCGAGCAUAUCUCCCGAACACUCGAUUCCCGCGAGUCGGAGCACACCAUCACCGACUUUGACCACCUCCCGCAGGACUACGACCUGCAGGCGCUGCGCGAUUCGACGUUCAAAGACUUGGGUAUUGUCGAGGCCAACGUCUCGGACAUCUACCCGUGCUCUCCGAUGCAGCAGGGUAUGCUCCUCACCCAGAGCAAGGACCCGGAGAUGUACUGGUUCAGGUCAGUCUACGAGGUACGGUCUGGAACAAACAAACCCGUUACACCUGCUGGACUGCGCCAGGCCUGGAAGGCCGUCGUGCAGCGCCACCCCAUCCUGCGGACUGUCUUCAUCGAGCAGAACUCAACCGACGGCCUCUACGACCAGCUAGUACUCCGCGACUGCGAGCCUGACGUCUCCGAGGUCGAGCUGGGUGCCAUCCAUAGCAACGACAAAGAGCUACUCUCCCAACUGAAGAUCGACUCCGUCCCGCCCGAGCUGCAAGCCUUCCGCAAGCCGCAGCACCAGCUCCGCAUCUUCCACCAGGCGGCCACGGGGAGGAUCUUCUGCAGCUUCCUGAUCAGCCACGCCAUCAUCGACGGAAGCUCCAUGGGGAUCAUAAUGCGCGACCUCGGGCUUGCCUGCGAAGCCAAGCUCGUGGACACCGAGCCACUACUGUACAAGAACUACAUCACGUACCUCAAAUCCCGCGACCACGCCGCCGACGUCAACCACUGGAAGCGGACGCUCGAGGGCGUCGACCCCUGCCUCCUCCCCGCCGACGCCGACGCAAACUCCUCGGCCAGGACCAUGGGCCGGGCGGGCGUGCCGCAAGACCGCGGCGUCUACGGAGGGAUGCAGGGCGUCGCGCGCCGGCUGGGCGUGUCGCCGUUCACGCUGCUACAGGUCACCUGGGCGCUGACGCUGCGCGAGCACGUCAACCCGGACCGCGACGACUGCUGCUUCGGCGUCGUCACGUCGGGGCGGGAUUUGCCUGUCGACGAGAUUAGUGACAUUGCUGGGCCGUUUGUCAAUAUCCUCGCGUCGAGGGUGGCGUUGCCGCAUGACGAGCCUGUGUCGAGGAUCGCGGAGGCGGUCCAUGGUGGGUUUAUCGAUAACUUGGCGCACCAGACGGCUUCGCUGGCUGAGGUUAUGCAUGAGAUUGGGUCUGGGCCGCUGUUUAAUACUGGGAUGACGCUCCAGAAGAUGGGCGCGGGUUCGAAGGACUCGGGCGUCUCGUUCCAUGCUCUGGGAGGGGAGGAUCCUACUGAGUUCGAUAUGGUUGUCCAUGCCAUCGACGACGGUGAGGCGAUGCAUAUCCACUUGAGCUACUGGUGCGACAAGAUUUCCGACACCCGCGCCAACGAGAUGGCACGUUGCUUCUCCUCUGUGCUGUCGCAGAUAAUCCAGCGCCCGGAUAUCACACCGGUCAACCUACACAUGGCCUCGGACAAGGACGUCGAGCAGCUAUGGUCCUGGAACGCGACACUGCCGCAACCCUCGGAGAAGCGCAUCGAGGAGAUGAUCGCCCAGCAGGUCGCCGACCACCCAACCAGGGAGGCGCUCUGGUCUACCGACGAGACCCUCAGCUACCAGCAGCUCGACCUUCUCUCGACAAGACUUGCCCGGAGCCACCUUGCCGACGUGGCCCGCGAAGAGAUCGUCCCGCUCUGCUUCGAGAAGUCCAUCUGGGUUGCUGUUGCGAUGGUAGCCGUCCUCAAAGCCGGAGGCACCGUCGUGCUCAUGGACCCAUCCCACCCAGUCGAGCGCCUCAAGUCCAUCGUCGGGACCGUCAAGGCGAGGCUGAUCCUCGCAUCCCCGACUCAGACGGACCUGUGCUCCAAGAGCCUCGGUAUCCGGACCGUGGCCGUCUCGAAAGCAAACUUCAACCGCCGAUCGAGCAUGCCCGGGACCCCGACGCGGGCGAUGAUGGCCAGACAGAAGCAAAAGCCCAGCGCCACCGACGCCGCCUACGUGGUCUUCACCAGCGGCUCGACAGGCACACCCAAGGGCUCGGUAACCGAGCACCGGUCCUUCUGUACCGCGACACAGGGCUACCACGAGGCAAUCGGCCAGCUCCCCGGCACACGCGUGCUGCAGUUCGCGUCAUACAGCUUCGACGCCAGCAUUCUCGAGAUCCUCGGCUCACUCAUGGUAGGCGCGACAGUAUGCGUGCCAAGCGAAACCGAGCGAUCCAACCAGCUAAUCCCCUUCAUCAACCGGUCGCGCGUCAGCUUCGCCGUCAUAACGCCGACGGUAGCCUCCCUCCUAACCCCUGACGACGUCCCCACGCUGACCUGCCUCGCGCUGUGCGGCGAGCCCAUGACGGCCGCGCACAUCGCGCGGUGGGCGGACCGGGUGCGCCUCGUCAACGCCUUCGGGCCCAGCGAGUGCUGCGUCGGCAGCGCGGCCAACCGGCGCCUGGGCGCGGCGUCGAGCCCAAAGUGUAUCGGCUGGGCCGUCGCGUGCUGCUACUGGGUUGUGCACCCGCGCAACCACGACCGGCUCGCGCGCGUCGGAAGCGUGGGUGAGCUGCUUAUCGAGGGGGACAUCCUUGCCCGCGGAUACCUUGGUGAGGAGGCUAAGACUAGGGAGGCGUUCAUUAGUACUCCGCCGCAGUGGGCGAGGCCCGGGAGAGCUGUUAGGUUGUAUAAGACGGGGGAUCUGGUGCGACAGGACCCUGUGGAUGGGUCGUUCCAUUAUGUUGGGAGGAAGGAUACGCAGGCCAAGAUCCGUGGCCAGAGACUUGAGUUUGGAGACAUCGAGCAGGCGUUCCGGGAGGUUGUCCCGGAGAGUGAAACCGUCGUUGCUGAGAUUGUUCAGCCUGAGGGCCAGCAGUCGCGGCUGGUGGUCUUCGUCUCCGGCAAGGGCGACAUUAUCGACGUCGACACCGCCGCGAUCCAGUCCGAGAUGGCCAAGAAGAUACCCGCCUACAUGGUCCCGUCUACCGUCAUCCCGCUGGAACAGAUGCCCCUCAUGCCCUCCGGCAAGGUCGACCGCAAGAAGAUCCGGGCCCUCGGCGCCGCCGCCCUACCAACGACAACACGGCGCGGGAAGAGGGCCGGCCGCGCCCCGGAGACUGAGAUGGAGAUCGAACUCGCCGGUCUCUGGAAGGACGUGGUGAAGGGAGACACGAAUCAGAUCCUCGCCGACGACAGCUUCUUCCAGGUCGGAGGCGAUUCGUACACGGCCAUGAAGCUGGUGACGGAGGCGAGAGCGCGGGGCAUUGCGCUGAGCGUCUCGAUCGUCAUGCAGACGCCCAAGCUGGCAGACAUGGCGCGCAAGGCGACUCGGACUUCUGAUAACGGCAAAGACAACAAGACACACAGCACCGGCUCCCAGGCCACCGCGCCCUUCAGCAUGGUCCAGUGGACACCGGCACUCAAGGCCGAAGUAUCCAGACAAUGCAGCGUCGCAGCCGACGAGAUCGAGGAUGUCUACCCCUGCACGCCGCUGCAAGAGGGCCUCUUCGUGCUCUCAGUAAAGCAGCCCGGCUCCUACGUGGCGCGACACUGCUACCGGCUAUCCCCAGAGCUCGACCUAGCCCGCUACCAAGAAGCAUGGCGCACCGUCUACUCAUCCAGCGCGAUCCUGCGCACGCACAUCGUGCAGCUCGACAACGCCGGCGGGCUCGCAGACCGGCGAUCGGGGCUCUACCAAGCCGUCAUCAAGAAGCCGCUGACCUGGCACCGCGCGGACUCCCUCGCCGCCUACCUAGCAACACAGCCCCUCCCCUCGCUCGGCACCGCCCUCGCCGACUUCGCCAUCGUCGAGGAGACAACCACCACCACCGACAGGGCGGCGCGCUACCUGGUCCUGACGAUGCACCACGCCGCCUACGACGCCGCCUCGCUGCAGAUGCUCCUCCGCAGCGCCGAGGCGGCGUACACGGGGGGCGGCCGCGAGGUCCGGCCCGCCCCGUUCAGGGAGUUCAUCAAGCACCUGUCCGGCACGCGCGGGCAGGCGACGCGGGACUUCUGGACGCGCUACCUCGACGGCGCCCGGGCCGCGUCCUUCCCGUCGGUGCCGGCCGGGUACGUGCCGUGCGCGGACUCGACGUUCGAGCGCGACCUAGCCGUCCCGGCGCCGAGGUCGGGGGCGUCGCAUACCCUGGCCACGAUGAUCCGCGUGGCGUGGGCGGCUGUCCUGGCCCGCCGAGACGGUACCGACGACGUGGUCUUUGCGGAGACCCUUGGUGGGCGCAACGAUUCCCUCGCUGAGGCCGAGGGACCCAUGAUUGCGACCGUGCCGGUGAGGUGCCGCCUUGGUGGACCCGGUGCUGGCGUUGGGGAUGUGCUGUCGGCUGUGCAGGCUGGUCUGGUGGAUAUGAUCCCCUUCCAGCAUGCUGGUCUGCAGAAUAUCCGCCUCAUGGGCGCUGGGGCGGCGGCGGCGUGUGACUUUGCUUGCCUUGUCACUAUUGCUACGCCUGAUGCUGGUGCGGCGCCCGAAGCGGGGGAUGGGAUCGGGGUCGUGCCUGUUGAGGGACCGAGCUCGCCGGCGAUGGAUUACCCUAUGUCGGUGCAGUUUGUUGUCCGGGGUGGGGGUGUGUUGACCGUGUCUGUAUGCCAUGACGCCCGGCUGGUAGGCGAUGUGAAGAUGCGGGGGAUGGUCGAACAGUUUGCUCUUGUGCUCGAGCAGCUGUGCAAAGGGGAGAGGAAGACGAUGGGAGAGAUUGAGAUGGGAAUUGGGGAGGAGAUUGUGGAGGAGGAGAUUGUCGUCGGGGAGUUCAAGGCCGACGCCUUGGGGGUGCUUGGUAGAGGGAUUGUGGAAAAUCCCGAGGAGAUCUUGACGCAACAGCUGGUCAAGGCUUCGUCCCCGGCCGAGGUAGCGCGUCAAUGCCCCGCCGCCGGUAACAUGGAGCAGGAGAUGCGAGCGCUCUGGGCUGGCCUCCUCGGGGUGGAUGCGGAGGAGCUAGCCCCCGAAGACAACUUCUUCCAACUCGGCGGCGAUUCCAUCAGCGCCAUGCGACUCGUCACUGCCGCGGAGCAAAAGCAGAUCAAGAUCACGGUCGCCGACAUAUUCCACCACCCGACCCUUGAGGACAUAUGCGCAUUCGCAUCGCAGGCCAACGCACUAGUCGCCGAGCCAGCUGCACUCGCGUUGGCGGCACUUCCCGACUACGAGCCGUUCGUCGUGCUCGACCACCUGGGCCUCGAACGCGAGGAAGUCGUCGACGCCGUGUGCAGGCAGCUCUCGGUGUUCCCCGGCGACGUCGAGGACGUGUAUCCGGCCACCGACUACCAGGCGUGGGCCGUCAGCCACGGGCUAAUGCGGUCCCGCGGCAACACCAACUACUUCCUCUUCCGGCUGCACGGCGACCUCGACACGUUCCGGCUCGAGCAGGCGUGCCGGAAGAUGGUGGCGUCGAACCCGAUCCUGCGCACCCUCUUCACCACCAUCGGCAGCCAGGUCAUGCAGGUGGUGCUGCGGUCGUACCAGAUCGAGUUCCAGCGCUACGGAAGGGAGCACCUUGCCGACGACGCCUUCAUCCGCUGGCUCGUCGAGCAGGACACCCAGCGGUCGACGUACCUGUCGCAGUCCAUCGUGCGCUUCAAGCUGCUCCGCCACACCGAGGGCCACUACGUGCUGGUCAUGCGCGUGUCGCACGCCCAGUACGACGGCAUGAGCCUCCCGCUGCUGUACCAGGACCUAGAAAAGUGCUACGGCGGCCACGAGCCGAUGCAGCGCCCGUCCUUCGGCAGCUUCAUCCAGGGGGCCACGGUCAGGGAGGAAAAGGCGGUCGGUUUCUGGAGUGAGCUGCUCGAGGGCUCGUCCAUGACCGAGGUCGUGCAGCACUCGGGCCCGGCGUACAAAUACAACGUCGACACGGUGCGCACGCGCACCAUCCCGCCGAUCCCCGUCAACGUGGCGGGCAUGUCGCAGGCGACGCUGGUCAAGGCCGCGUGGGCGCUGGUGCUGGCCAAGAUGUCCGGGCAGCGCGACGUCGUGUUCGGCAACCUCGUCUUCGGGCGCAACAUGCCCGUGUCCGGCGUCGAGGACAUCUCGGGCCCCUGCAUCAACAUGAUCCCCGUGCGCGUGCGCCUCAACGAGAUGGACAGCGUGUACGACCUCCUCGAGCUCGUCCAGGAACAGCAGCUGGCCGCCAUGCCGCACGAGAGCCUCGGCUUCCGCCGCCUGAUCAGGAACUGCACCAACUGGCCGACCUGGACGCGCUUCAGCUCCGUGGUGCAGCACCAGAACCUCGGCCGCGACGGCGCCCAGGAGUUCGCAAUGGGCGACGACCUCAAGUGCGAGAUGGGCGUGCUCGGCCCUGCCUACGACUCGUCCGACCUCUGGGUCCAGACCACCCCGCACGCCGACUCGUUCAACGUCGAGAUCGGCUCCUGCAGCGCCGUCGUCUCCCCCGACAUCGCCGAGAUGCUCCUGGACCGCCUAUGCGCCGUGCUGACCGUCUUCGCCGACGUCGGCUCCGGCGGCGACCGACACCUGUGGGAGCUCCUGGCGCGCGACCACGCGCCGCUGAUCCCCAUCAAGGCGUCCAUCGUCGACGAGGUGUGGGCCAGCGUCCUGCCCGACGCGGCGGCCAUCCCGUGGGACGCGCCGUACUACGAGCUCUGGGGCGACGAGAUCGCGCCGGUGCGCUUCCUCGAGGAGUACGCCGAGCACGGCAUCCACCUCGACAUGGAGGACGUCAUGGAGCACCCGACCAAGCAGGCGCAGAUGAUGCUGACGGCGCGCGUCCUCGCCGAGAAGGACGCGGCCCGCUCGUCGCGACGACGGCGGGAGAGCAGCCCUUCGUCGACCGCGUCCGCUUCCACCUCCACCGCCGCGUCCUUCUGGGUGCUGGACUCCAAGGCCGCGCCCGUGAGCAGCAACGCCAACAGCCGCGGCAGCUCGGCGCUGAGCUCGCCGCGCAUCGGGUCGCCACGGAUCGGGGCCUUUGCGCAGCAGCGCGGCGGCAGCAAGCCGGGACCCGGGCAUAAGAGGGUGGCGCCGUCGCGCAGGGGCUCGUACUGGGACCUGCCGUCGGCGACGUCGUGGCUGGAGAAGAGCGCUUCGACGGUGAGCCUCAGCUCGCCGCCGCUGUCGUGGGGGGCGUCGACGACGAGGCAGAACACGGUGGGCGGGGGGGAGGCGGGGACGAGGCCGGGGAUGGGAUUGAGGAAGAGGAGUACGAUUGAGUGGUGAUUGGAUGAUACCCACUUGGGUGAAGGGCUGUCUGGAGGAAGAGACUUUUCUUUUGUUUUUCUUGUGUUUUGCUUGACUUUGGCUUUACUGUGGUGACGAAUUUCCUUCACUUUCCUUUGUCGCGGGAUAGCGAUGAGCGUUGGUUUUAGCGUGGCGUUUAUAUAGACGAGCAGUAAUUAAUAACGAGUACACACUCUCA